UGAUAAUGAUAAUUCUACAUUACUUGAAAUAGCAGAGUUUCUAAUUAAAUCUGAUAAUGAAUCUAACAAUAAAUUUAAUAAUAAAAAUAAAAGCAAUAACUAUAAAAAAAAUACUAAUUUUGAAUAUAAUAUUGAUAUAUCUUAUAAAGAAAAAAAUAUUUAG